GGUGCCGCGGCCUCAGCCCGGCUCGUGCGCGGGGAGGAGCGCGGGCGGUGCGGCCCGCUGCAGGUGACACGGGCGCCGAGAGGGCCGCCGCGGGCCAGUGGAGAUGAGGAAAUUGAAACACAGAUUACUUGAACCAGAUGAUGCCUGAAUGGUAGAACCAGGGUGCAGAAUUGCACAGUUUGACUUCAGAAUUUAUACUUGUAACUGCUGCGCUGUACUGGUCCUGCAAUAAGCUCUAAAAGAUGAGUCGUGGAUAUCCAGAAAACAACAAUUUCCUCAACAAUAAUAACCAAAUGGUAUUGGACAUGAUCCUUUAUCCAUUAAUUGGAAUCCCUCAGACCAUCAACUGGGAAACUGUGGCAAGGCUUAUGCCUGGAUUAACACCUAAGGAGUGUGCGAAAAGGUUUGACGAGCUGAAGAGCAGUGGGAGCUCACCUGUGGACAAUCAGUACAGCCCCUUACUGGCUGCUGGAGAGGGCCCUGUUCAGACGCUAGCCACCUACAUAAAGUCUUCCCUUCUGGACACGCAAGGAGACUUCCAGGAGACAGUGGAUCAAGAUACAGUCUCCAAAGCAGGAAGACAUAGUAUAGCUUCCACAAGGAAUUGCUCUUCAGAAAGUGAAAACUGUGCUGCCCGGAAUGCUGGAGAGGAGCCCGGAGAAUCUGCAGGGCCAAACAUGGUGAUCCAUGUGUGUGAUGAAGCCAAAGACCUCAAAGAGGACUUUAUCUGUCCCCGGGAUCUUCUGAUAUCAGAAAUGAAGUACUUUGCUGAGUAUUUAUCCAUGGACGCCCAGCGCUGGGAGGAGGUGGACAUUUCAGUUCACUGUGACGUUCACAUUUUCAACUGGUUGAUAAAAUAUGUUAAAAGGAACACUCAGGAGAGUAGAGACUGUGAAAUCCCAGCUUUAGAACCAGGAAAUGUCAUUUCAAUCCUUAUUUCUUCAGAGUUCUUGAAGAUGGAUUCAUUAGUUGAACAAUGUAUUCAGUAUUGCCACAAAAAUAUGAAUGCCAUAGUAGCUGCUCCAUGCAACAUGAACUGUAUCAACGCAAACCUUCUCACCCGCAUAGCUGAUCUGUUCACACACAAUGAAAUCGACGACUUAAAGGACAAAAAAGAUAAGUUCAGGAGUAAACUGUUUUGUAAGAAGAUUGAAAGACUGUUUGAUCCUGAAUACUUCAACCCAGAUUCUCGAAACAAUGCAGCAACAUUAUAUAGAUGCUGUUUGUGUAAGAAACUUUUAACCAGAGAAACGGAAAGAAGAAUUCCUUGCAUCCCUGGGAAAAUCAAUGUGGACCGACAUGGAAAUAUUAUCUACAUCCACAUAAGAGAUAGAACCUGGGAUGUACAUGAGUAUUUGAAUAGUCUUUUUGAAGAGUUGAAGUCUUGGAGAGACGUAUAUUGGCGCUUGUGGGGAACGGUCAACUGGCUGACUUGUUCAAGAUGUUACCAGGCUUUCCUCUGUAUUGAAUUCUCACAUUGUCAGUAUCACUCAGAAGUGGUGGUUUAUUCUACCACAGGAAAUUCACUGAGCACUGUGGGCACUGGAAUUUAUCCCUGCUGUAACCAGAAGGUUCUUCGCUUUGAUCCCACUCAGCUCAUAAGGGGCUGUAAAGUGAGGGACCACAUGGUUAUUCUUCAUGAUCAAGGAGAAAAUGAUGAUUUGCUUUCUUGUCCAACUACUAGAAUACUGGAGGAUCUGCACAAGCACAAAGAUGUCAUUGUUGUACCUUUUUUUAAAGAUGCAGUUAGUGAUCCUGGGGUUGGCUCCAAUGAUGAAAAAGGCCUGGAAUGUGAUGUUUUCCUGGACCCAAAUGCACCAUGGGGCCCCAAAAUUGGGGAGCUCAAUGCUUUCUUGUCACUGAAAAACUGGACCCUGCAGUUGAAACAACAGUCGUUGUUCUCAGAAGAGGAAGAGUACACCACUGGGUCUGAGGUCACUGAAGAUGAAGUCGGUGAUGAAGAAGAAGUGUCCAAGAAACAAAGGAAAAGGGAGAAGCCAAAGAAGUUUAAUAAGCAACCAAAGAAGCAGCUGUCCUCACCCUGUUCUCAAAAGAAAGAAAAGGUGCUGGAGAAGUCAACUUCUAGAGAUGUUUCUCCUUUCAUCGUGAGUGCGCAGAAGAAUAAGUGGGAUGCCACCAGGUCCCUGAGGUUCAACCAAGAUGCACAAAGAGAAGAUGAUCAGCGACGGAUGUCUGAAAUUACAGGGCAUCUGAUAAAAAUGAGAUUGGGUGAUCUGGACCGAGUCAAGUCAAAGGAAUCAAAAGAAUUUGCAGGAGGUAUUUAUUCUAGGCUUGAGGCACAAGUGAAAGCCUCUGUGCCUACCAGUGCCCGGCAAAACAGCUCGGACAAGAAUCCAAGUUUUACAUGCUUAUCUGUAAGUCAUCUGAGCCUGAACUGGUUGUUGCCUCUCUCCUCUGUGACUCUGGUGACAUUCUGAAUUUCCUAAUGCAGCCUGUGAUGGUUUAGGUAGCAAGUCAUUGCAGUUCUGUGUCACAGUCACUUACAUGGUUUUCAGACCAAUCUACUCAAUCUAUUUCAACAGACCCUCAAAAGUUAUGAUUGCUAGUUACUUAGAAGUAUCUUAAAAUUUCAUACAUUCAAGAAAAAAUAAAACUAUUUUAUAGAGCAUGUUUUAAUUUUUCCUAACCAGGUAGAUAACAUACUCAGGGAAAUUUUGUUCCAGACUGUAAACAUGUACUAAAUUAUGUGUUUGGAAAUUAUUUAUAGGUCUCUGAAGACCAUAAGAUGCAUGCUAUUUUUGUUUGUUUGUUUGUUUG